AUGACGAAAAAGAAAGCCAUUCGAGUGGGCCAUCGAGGAGCCGCGAGGAGAUUAAUUUCAAAGAUUGAAGAGGAAUUAGAGAAAGAAACAACACAACGCGACGAAAUAGAAAGCCUAUGUGAAACUUUGAAGAAGAAGAGGGAUAUUCUUUCGGAACUUGAUAGUGAAAUUUUAGAGGAGAUUGCAGAGGAAAACAUGGAAGCAGAGAUAGAAGACUCAGAUCGAAUUAAGUGUAGCAUACGCGAAUUAGAAUCGUUAGGAACAAACGAGAGUACAUUUGGAGCCAUUCUCACGCCUAUUAUAUACAAUAAAUUGCCGUCCGACGUACGAAAAAACAUAACCCGAGAUCGCGGAAACGACGACUGGGACAUCGAAUCAUUGAGAACAGCAAUUAAGAGGGAAGUAUGCGUACAGGUCGCAGGACAAUCUACAGGUCAAAGUAAUGAAGAUUUAGAAAUUUUACCGACCGCUUCGUUUAUUGCCGAAACAUUUCCAGGAAAGAACAGGAAACAGUCACGUAAGAAAUGUUUAUUUUGUGAAGAAUCCCAUCAUCCAAAUACAUGCAAAAACGUGAAAGAUGUUGAGAAACGAAUUGAAAUUGUGAAGCGAAAAAAGGUAUGUUUUAACUGUUUCGGAAGUCAUAGAGUAGCUGAAUGUAAAUCAGAAUUUAAAUGCCGCCAGUGUGGAAAGAGACAUCACACGAGUAUACAUGUACAAGUACAUAACACAGAACCAAAGAGCUUAACCGAAAACCAGUAUAAUACACAAAAGACCGUAGCACAUACUGCCGUAGAGGAAACGCCACUAGAGCUAACCACAUCAUUGCAUUCUACUGUUACUGCACAUACAGAUGUUUUACUGAAAACUGCCGUAACUCCAGUUUGGUCCGAAAAUCGAUCUAUCAUGACAAAUAUUCUACUUGACGAGGGAGCACAAAACUCAUUCAUAACUGAAGAUUUAGCUAGAAAAUUAGAAAUUGAGUCCACCGAAAAGAUUGCACUGAAAAUAUCUGGAUUUGGAGGAAACGGAGGACAAGUUCGUCAUCUUGAUAAAGCAAACAUAGCUAUUGAAACAGUUGAUAAUCAAAGAAUAGAAAUAGACGUAAUAAUUGUACCGAAAAUUGCCGCUCCUAUUCAGACAAAAUCACAAAAGGAAAUCAAAGCACUGCAAUACUUACGUGGUUUACGACUCGCACAUCCGAUAUGCGCAGAAGACAAGUUUAACAUAUCUUUAUUGAUUGGCGCAGACUAUUACUGGUCAAUAGUUGAAGAUGAAAUAAUAAGAGGAAAUGGACCGACCGCAGUUAAGUCGAAAAUUGGUUAUCUCUUGUCGGGACCCGUACUUACUAAAAACGGAAGUAGUUCAAAACAAUCAGCAAUGUUGAAUAUUUUGACUGACCACAGAGCCGUUGUUUGCGACUUAGAAAAGUUUUGGAACUUAGAAGCGUUGGGAGUUUCAGGAAGCGAUACCAUUAAAAGUCAGUCUGAAGUUGUAAGAGAAUACGGAGAAAAGUCUAUAAUACUAGAAAAUGGAAAGUACACAGCUAAGUUACCAUGGAAACCAGAUUUCCUUCCGCUACCGCAUAACAUGGAAUUGGUUAAACAGAGAACAGAGCAGGAGAGAAGACAUUUUAUUGAAAAGGUUGAGGAAACAAAACUUCCUACAGAUCGACCCGUACAUUAUAUACCGCAUCAUCCUGUUUCCAAGGAAUCAUCUACUACGCCAAUACGCAUUGUUUAUGAUUGUAGCUGCAAAGAUGGAAGAGAUAAUCCAAGUCUAAAUGAAUGCUUAGAAUCACAUCCACCUGUUAUGAAUGACAUUACGGGAAUUCUUAUGAGAUUUCGCGCUAAGAAAUAUGCUACAACAUCAGAUUUAGAAAAGGCAUUUCUACAAAUACAGCUCGACGAGAAAGACCGAGAUGCAACGAGGUUCUUAUGGCUUAGCGAUCCUACAAACACAUCAAGUCCGCUAAUAACAUAUCGAUUCAAGUCCGUACUCUUCGGAGCUACAUGUUCGCCAUUCAUUUUGAGCGCCACACUUCUCAAGCACUUUAAGGAAAAUCCGGGGAAACUUUCAGAUACACUUGAAAAUGGGUUAUAUGUGGACAACAUUUUAACUAGCUUUGAUAACGAAAAUGACGUAAUAGAUUAUUACAGGAGAUCGAGAGAAUUACUUACGAAAGGCGGAUUUAACCUACGCUCAUGGAAUUCAAACAGUCCAAAAUUACAAGAAAUCGCUAGCAAAGAAAAAACCUUAGACAAAGAUGAGCCUACUAAAAUUCUUGGUAUGCAAUGGAACGCUAAAUCGGACAAGUUGUUUUAUCAAAGUAACGCGUUCGAAAUGGACAAAAAAGGAAAACUUACUAAAAGAUAUAUUUUACGGCAAUCAUCCAAGAUUUUCGAUCCGUUAGGACUAUUAAGCCCAGUUACUGUAAAAGCGAAAAUCUUUAUGCAAUCACUUUGGAAGCUAAAUUUGGAGUGGGACGAAAUAUUACCGGAAGAUAUCCAAUCAAAAUGGAUAUUAAUUUCACGAGAUCUAGCAACGAGCUUAGAAACAGAGAUUCAUCGAAGUACACAGACACAAAACGAGAAUAACAGAAAUUUACCAACUCUACAUGUAUUUACCGAUGCUUCAACUCACGCGUACGGCGCAUGCGCGCACAUCUUGUAUGACAGAAAACCAACAAUAGUAAUGGCAAAGAAUCGAGUUGCGCCUAUCAAGAAUAUAACUUUACCAAAACUAGAGCUUAUGGGGGCUGUAAUUGGAGCAAGACUUGCUGAUCAUAUCUGCAAAAACUUUCCAGAAACUUUCAGUGAAAUACAAUUUUGGAGUGAUAGUCAAAUCGUACUUAGUUGGCUUUCAUCCGUAAAACCACAGAGACAAUUUAUCAAAAACAGAAUUGAAGAAAUUAAAAGUUUGUGUGGAGAUAAUGUAUGGAGAUACUGCCCUACGAAAGACAAUCCCGCAGAUCUACUUACACGUGGUAUAACAUCUGAAGAACUGCAACAGAACGAAAUAUGGUUUAGUGGACCUAAAUGGUUAAACAGCAAAGAAGAUUGGCCGACAUGGAACGGAAACAAUGUAACGUCUAGUGUAUGUACAACAAUAUCGGAGAACGAUGACAAAAUUGAAACUAUGGAGAAUAAUCAAAAUUUACGUAUUGGUAUAGGAGAAAUCAUAGAUAUCGAACGGUACAAUUCUUAUAGAAAACUAACCCGCAUUACCGCAUAUGUAAUGAGAUUCGCAACAAACUGCAGAGCAACAGAAGCUGAACGAAAGAAAGAUUUGUUACGUAGUGAUGAAAUUAAAAAUGCAAAAUUCCUAUGGAUAAGAUAUACACAAGGUAAAAUAUUUAGUAACGAAAUAAAUUGUAUAGAUAAUUCUACAAAACGUAAAGCACUUGUGCGACAAUUAAAGCUCUUUCUAGACGAAAAGCAAUUAUUACGAUGUGGUGGCCGCCGAAUAGACAAUGCGACAGUAGGAGAAACAGUCAAGUUUCCAUAUCUGUUACCGGCAAAGGACCGUCUCACACAUUUGAUAGUGUUAGAAGCACAUGAGAAUACACUACAUUCAGGAAUAAAUAUCACUCUAGCAUACAUACAACAAACAUUUUGGAUUCCGAAAUUAAGACAGUGCGUCAAAUCUAUAUUGAUGAAAUGUGUAACGUGCCGAAAAGUAAUCGGAAAAUCUUAUCCCGCACCAGAAAUUCAACCAUUACCAAAAGAGAGAGUUCAAGAUGCCACACCCUUUAGCAUAACCGGUGUAGACUUCACAGGUGCGCUAACGACAAGAAACAGACACAACGAAGAAUCGAAGGUUUACAUUUGCCUAUUUACAUGUGCUGUCACUCGAGCCGUACAUUUGGAAUUAGUUUACGAUCUCAGCGAAGAAUCUUUUUUAUUGUGUUUCCGGAGAUUUGUAAGUCGACGAUCAGUGCCGAAAAUAAUGAUGUCAGAUAAUGCGCUAACAUUUAAAGCUGCUUCAAACGAAAUUUCACGACUUUGCAAUUCUAGAAAAGUUAAAGAAAAUAUUCAGAAUUAUGGCAUUGAAUGGAAGUUCAUCCCAAAUAGAGCUCCAUGGUUCGGAGGCAUGUGGGAAAGAAUGAUUGGCUUAACAAAAAUAUCACUUAAGAAAGUAUUAGGACGUGCACAUGUCAACAAUGAGACUCUAAGGACUGUAUUAACAGAGAUCGAAGCCACACUCAACGAUCGACCAGUGACGUAUAUUUCAACAGAUAUCAGAGAUCCGGAGCCGCUUACACCAUCCCAUCUUAUACAUGGACGAAGGAUAACAACUUUACCGUAUGGAUCGUUAAAAAGUGCUAUUGACAAUAUAAAUAUUUGUGAAUUAACACACACAAACUUGAACAAUCAAGCGAUACGACAGAGACAAUUGAUUAAGAACUUCUGGACAAGAUGGAAAGGAGAAUACCUUACUUCAUUGCGAGAAUAUCACCAAAGAGCUGGAGUCGACGUUCGGAAGAUCAAAGAAGGCGAUGUCGUUCAGAUACACGACGAAUCAAAGCGCGUACAUUGGAAACUUGGAGUUGUGCAGGACACUAUUAAAGGCAAGGACGGCUUAGUACGCGUCGCUAUGGUGCGUACCAAAACAGGAAUUACAAAUCGACCCGUGACGAAACUCUACCCAUUAGAAGUCAACAGCAUGGACUGUUAUCUGAGACGAAGUGAACGAAGAAACUAA